AUGUCAGGAGGGCCCUUUCAAAAACCGCUUUUCGGCACACCAGCUGUGGCCCCGAUUGGAGAUAAUGCUAACGUUUCGGAUGAAAAGAGCGACGAAAAAGACGUGCCCGCUCAGCCGGUCAGACGCUUCAACUUAAAGCAAUCUGCGUUGAGUUCUGUAGCCGACGAUAUUUGGAAGAAAAGUCAAUCAGUCUUCCAUGUUGAUCAGAAGAUUGCUCCCGUUCACCUAGAAAAGAAAACGCUGAAUGAUGUUUUAGGGAAAAUUUCGGCCGAAGGAAAGGAAAAAUCCGAAGAGCAGGAAGCACCAAAAUUCAUAUUCGGAUCAAAGAUAAAGGAUAAAGUGUCUGGAGAUAUUCCUAUCGAGAAGUCUCAAGAAAAUCAAAAAGAAACAUCCGCUGCGCCAAAGAGUAGUCUGCUUGAUGAGGUGACGACUGAAUCAACUUCUAAAUUCCGCGAGGAAUCGACUCAUGUGGUUGAAGCGUUGAAGAAAGAACAAGAAAAACAAUUGGCUGGAACAAGUUUAGUCGAAGUUACAACAGGCGAAGAAGAUGACAAGAAUAUUAUUCAGGCUGCUUGUAAAUUGCACAUCUUUGACAAGGAGAAAAAGACUUGGGCUGAGCGAGGGCUUUGUCAGUUUCGCAUCAACAUGAGGCGGGAAUCAGAUGCCCAAACGCAUUAUCGAAUAGUUGCUCGAUCGGUUGGGAAUCAACGGGUUAUAAUUAAUUCAAAGAUCUUUUCUGAUAUGUUCUUGGAACGAGUUGACACCAAACGACUCAAGCUGUCGGCCAUGUGUCCGGAAUUCACUGCUCCACAAGUCUUUUUGCUAACGAUAAGUUUCUCGAAAACCGAUCUCACAAUGGAUGCUUUAUACGCUUCACUUCAAGAUUGUCUCAAGAAAGAGCGCACUACUGAUGAAAAACGAAAGAGGAAGGCUCCACCUGCUGAGGAUUCAGCUUCACAAGAACCCAGCGAUUCAACGCUUUCAAAACGCGAAAAAACGGAGUCGAAUGAGAAUAAAGAAGAAACAAACGACGAGCCCUCUAGCGGCGAAGGAGACGAGAAUACUAAUCAACACAAUGGUGGAGUAGAUGCUAAACAUAAAACAGAAGAGGCAAAGGAAGAUACGGAGGAGGAUACCAGUGAG